GUCAAGUUGUCGCAGGACAGUUCCUAACGUGUCGGGGACGAUUGACAGUUACAAUUUAACAUGACUCGUUGUUUCAUUAUUCAUUGAUUUAUAUUUAAGAAAUUUUUACAUUCUCAUUUUUGAAAAAAAAAUGUAAUUUACAUUAUUUUUAAGUUCAAAUAGAUUAAGGUGGAGAGUUUGCAUUUUCUCCAAAUUAUUUUCACUGGAGAAAAGUGGUAAUUGUCAUCUGAAGGCUCUUAAGGAAAACGACAAUUAUCUAAUUAUUCUAUUGUUUUCUAAAAAUGGUUACAUAAAAAUUGUAUACAAUUUGGGUUUUACUUGUUCAUUAUUGUGUCAAUGCACCGUUUCCUCGUGGCUUUCGAAUCGUUUAGUUUACAUAACGUUUAAUUAUUCUUAAGUUUACUUGGUUUACUCGGCGAAAUUGGGGAUUAUUAUUAUUAAUUAUUAAAUAAUAUAAUCGUUAAAUGAGUGGAAAUAAACAUGAGGUUUUUAAAUAUUCAUGAAUAUUUUAUUUCGACAUACGAAAGGGGUCUUAUUGUCUUUGCAAUAAAAACCGUUUCCUACACAUGUGAAUAAUUUACAAUUUUCUAAAGAAGAGAGAAAUUCAUAAACAUUUAACGAACAUGACUACCGGCACUCACUUUGUACUGUUAUUCAGUAAAACCAGAAAAAGUGAAGUUUUCUUUUUUAAAGCGAAUUUCUCCCUUGAAAUGUCUUUGCGCCGGGUUUUUAAAGGCAAAGGACUACGGCUGCAGAAAACAAGAAUGCCCACGCAAACUACAGAAAACGACGACAUUAGAGUGAAAAUUAUAUACAAUGGAGAAGUUCAAAUUACGUAUAUCACCGCUGGAAUCUCGGUGGAUACUUUGCGUGAGGAGAUGCGGACAAUUUGCGGUUUUGGAGCGGGCUCUGGAUCAGGACAGGAUCAGUUCACGAUGAAAUGGGUCGACGACGAGGGUGAUCCAUGUAGAAUUGUUUCUCAACAGGAACUUGACGAGGCUCUGCGACUUUAUGAGCUUGAAAAGGACACAGAAAUUACAAUUCAUGUUUUUCCAAAUGUUCCGCCAGCGCCUGGUAUGCCUUGUCAGGGGGAAGACAGGAGCAUUUAUAGACGAGGUGCUCGAAGAUGGAGGAAGCUUUAUCGAGUGAAUGGACACAUAUUUCAAGCGAAACGUUUCAACCGGAGAGCCUCGUGCGCCUAUUGUCACGACAGAAUUUGGGGUCUCGGUAGACAAGGUUUCAAAUGCAUACAAUGUAAGCUUUUGGUGCACAAGAAAUGUCACAAGGUGGUACGAUCGCCAUGCAUCAGUCAGCAACAACAGCAACAGCAACAAUCGCAUUUGGAGCAGCAGACAAGCGAGAGAAAUGGUGAACAGCAACAAUUGGAUUCGCCACAGUCGAGUCCACCGACUCAUCUUGAAGAUGACACAACCGAGGCGUCGACAGUUGAGGACCAUGCGUAUCGCAAUCGAGCGGUCAGCGAUGAAGGAGAAGAAUUGGCAUUGGACGCAAUGGCUGGCGCGGAUGGUGCGGGCGAUAUGCAGAGACAGUAUUCCUUAAAUGACUUUGAACUUAUUAGAGUAAUUGGUCGUGGUUCAUAUGCAAAGGUCCUCAUGGUCGAAUUGAAGCGUACGAGACGAAUUUACGCGAUGAAAGUCAUUAAAAAGGCAUUGGUCACUGACGAUGAGGAUAUUGACUGGGUGCAAACGGAGAAACAUGUCUUUGAAACUGCCUCGAAUCAUCCAUUCCUUGUUGGCCUUCACUCGUGCUUCCAAACGCCGUCACGUCUAUUCUUUGUCAUUGAAUUUGUUCGCGGUGGCGAUCUCAUGUUUCACAUGCAGAGGCAACGUCGUCUUCCAGAAGAGCACGCUCGUUUUUACGCAGCUGAGAUCAGCCUUGCCUUAAAUUUCCUUCACGAAAAAGGAAUAAUCUAUCGAGAUUUGAAAUUGGACAAUGUGCUGCUGGAUCAUGAGGGUCAUGUGAAAUUGACAGACUACGGAAUGUGUAAGGAAGGUGUUAGGGAGGGCGAUACAACGGCAACAUUUUGCGGAACUCCGAAUUACAUUGCCCCAGAGAUAUUGCGAGGCGAGGAUUAUGGUUUCUCGGUGGACUGGUGGGCGUUGGGUGUAUUGUUGUACGAGAUGCUGGCUGGUAGAAGUCCAUUUGAUAUUGCCGGUGCAUCGGAGAAUCCUGAUCAGAAUACCGAGGACUAUCUAUUUCAAGUUAUUUUGCAAAAGACAAUUCGAAUUCCACGCUCGCUCUCUGUGAAAGCGGCGUCCGUCCUUAAGGGCUUCCUCAGCAAAGAUCCCGCGGAGAGACUUGGCUGUGGUCGUGGUCCAACCGCUUUUCUCGACAUUGUCGGACAUCCCUUCUUCAAGGCUAUCGAUUGGGAAAUGUUGGAGCAAAAGCAGGUCACACCGCCUUAUAAGCCGCGCUUGGAUUCCGAUCGCGAUUUGGCAAACUUCCCACCUGAAUUUACGGAUGAACCAGUACAUCUCACACCCGAUGAUCCACGAGUGAUAGAUAAAAUUGACCAAACCGAGUUUGAGGGUUUCGAAUAUGUGAAUCCGUUACUAAUGUCCCUUGAGGAUUGUGUGUGACAAGAACAGCAAAUGGAUUAUGAUGAAGAACAAAUUGUUCUGUACAAACUAGAACAACAGCAGCAGCAGUUACAGCAACAACAACAGCAACAACAGCAGCAGCAUCAGCAAUUUCGUCAACAUUGUGACAUGUA